AUGUUCACCCGGCGCAAGCAAAACGUCAUCUUCAGCUGCAUGUUCGCCUUCUUCUUUAUCAUCUUUUUCCGUCUUGCACUGCCCGCAGACGAUGUCGCCGACAAAGAUGCCACGCCAUUGCAAGAGAGAUUCCCGCUAGUAUGGAAGCACGUCCAUAUGGCUGCUGCUCAUGGAGGAGCAUGGCACAUACCUUCCGACUGGCUCCCUCCCAACAGUCCUCCGCCCAGCAACAUCACCCAUGCCGCUCAGAUAGCUGCCGAUGUUGCCAGCUCGGAGUCUCAGCGAUACCUCAGUCAUAGUUCCAUCCCUCGCAUCGUCCAUCAGGUGUGGAAGAGCACCAACAUCCACCAUUUUCCGAACGCAGCACUACCCGCCGUGGAAUCCUGGUUGGAAUAUGCCACCGAUCCCACCCUACCAAGCAUGGCAUACUUCAUGUGGGACGACGAGGGGAUGCUGGAUCUCAUCGCCGAAGCCAACCCUGACUUCCUGCCCCAUUUCGAGGCUCUGCCCAGACCAGUGGAGAAGGCCGAUGUUUUCCGUGUCUUUGUCUGCAACUCGGUUGGCGGCGUCUACGGUGACAUCGACACCACCCCGCUCAGGCCGCCGACGGCAUGGAUCCAGCCUCGAGACAUCGCGCCCUGGGUCGAUCCUGAGACCGACACCAUAUUUGUCUCCGACGACCCGGUUGCUCUAGUUCUCGGCAUUGAAGCCGACACUGAUGAGCAUGCAGACACAUUUUGGCGCAUGGGCUAUACUUAUCCCGUCCAACUUACGCAGUGGGCACUCGCCGGUUCUCGCGAUCAGCCCGUCCUCAACCGCUUCUUAGAGAAUUUCCGCCACGCGAUGGAAGAGGCCAUGAAGGCCCCUACCGAUCUUGCAAAUGCACCCACAUCGGGUUCACAGUUGCGCAAGCUGGACCCUCUGGAGCUGACCGGCCCUUCUGCCAUUACCAAAGCCACCAAGGACUAUUUGGCAGGUGUCGCCAACCUUCGAUGGCAAGCCCUAUCCGGAUUGCAGGAUGGCGGGCAUAGCAAACUGGUCCAGGAUACGCUGAUCUUGCCCAUCACCGGGUUCAGCCCUGGUCGAGGCAAAUACGGCAACAUGGGGUCCAAGCCAUAUUCAGAUCCGGACGCAAGACUUCGACAUGAUGCCCAAGGGUCCUGGAGGAAGUUCGACGUUGUUGUUGAAAUUGGAAAGGCAUGUCGAACCGUCUUCGGCGGCUGUCGCUAUUGGUCUAAAACUCCGGGCUGA